ACGGAAUGGGCGCACUUGGGGUUGUAACUAAGUGAGUUUGAGUGUGACAGACUCAAGCAGGCAAAACCGCUAGAUUUUGGGAAUUAUACAAGAGUCGACCCGGACCAGCUCACUUCUUGUCCGAACUAAUAGUUUUUCCCACAUUUUUCUAAAUUUGAUCCAAGUUGCGCACGAAAAGUACGGGAGAGGUUUGGUUCGGAGAAAAACUCUGAGGGAAACUUUUAAAAGCAGCGAAACAACUGGCAAAAGUUAGAGAAUAUACUUUCUUUUUUUUUCUUUACUUCUUCCUAUAAAUGACAGUGUGGCUCUGACUGUGACGCUCAGCUGUGGAUCUCAUCAACCUCUGGAUUAACUUUUAGAGGGCGAGAUAAAGGUGAUCUGGACACUCCCAAAGAAGCCUGAAGGAGAUGCGAGUCUCUUGAGGUAAUUAAUUCAACUUACAACUUUUAAAGACAGAGUUUUGCGGCUGUUAAAGACGUUUGGAUGGUAAUUUGGAUUGGUCUCUUGGAUUUACCAGCCAUUUGGACCAAACAGAGUCGUGCGCCCUGGGCUGCCAUGACAUAACGGGACACUUGGAAAAUCAGCGGUGCCGAAUAUUUCUGGAAUGACCGGAUGAUGUUCGUUCACUGUUGAGGAGAGAACCCUCAACUUAUUUUUUUCUGCCAUUCAUUCAAGGCCUGAAAGAUCACUGUUGUCUCCUCUCGCCCUCCUUACGCCCCCUCUGAGCGCUUCAUGGUGGAGAUAUGGGAUGACUGGAGGCGGGGGUGCAGCUGAGGUGAGAUCCAGCCGAAGGACAAUGUUUGCGCCCGGCGUUGGCAUCCCUCUGCUGCCGGGGCGUUUGGUACUGAUGCUGCUCCUGUUGUGCGCCACUGAGCCGAGGCUCUCCCAGGCUUGUCCCGGGCUGCUCGCCUCCACCAGCGGCUGCAGCUGCACGGACGACCGCUCCAAAGCACACGGAGUCCAGGCUGUGGGGAAAAGGGUCAGCUGCAGCAAGGAGGAGCUGACUGAGCUUCCAGAUGUCAGUUUGCUGCCCAACAGGACCGUCACCCUGAUACUGAGCCACAACAAAAUCCGCGUUCUGAAAAAUGGAUCCUUCUUUGGACUUUACGCUUUGGAGAAGCUGGAUCUCAAGCACAACUUAAUCAGCACCAUCAUGCCUGGAGCCUUCCAAGGCCUUUCUGAGGUUCGGAAACUGGACCUUUCCAACAACCGCAUUGGCUGUCUGACUGCAGACAUGUUCCAGGGUCUGACCAAUCUCACUAAAUUGAACCUCUCUGGCAACAUCAUAUCGACCCUGGAUCCGGGAGUGUUUGAUGAGCUGCCGUCCCUCAAACAAGUGAACUUCAAUUCAGACUACCUGUCAUGUGACUGCGGGUUGCGUUGGGUCCCGGGCUUCUUUCAAAACAGCCCGGCUCGGUUGGGGGAUGAAACCCUGUGUGCCUACCCCAGCAGCCUGAAGGGAAAGCCCCUGCGUGGACUGAAAGCUGGCCAGCUGAGCUGUGACGGCCCUCUGGAGCUGCACACCCUGUCCCUGCUGCCGUCCCAGCGUCAGGUGGUCUUCAGAGGUGAUCGGCUGCCAUUCCACUGUACGGCAGCGCUGGUGGACAAGAUCACCACCUUACACUGGCGUCACAAUGGUCAGCUGGUGACCUCUGACCCAGAAAUGGGCGUCCAGCUGGAGAACAGCGUGCUGCAUGACUGCACCUUCAUCACCAGUGAGCUUAUUCUUUUCAACGUACAUGUGGAGGCCAGUGGAGAGUGGGAGUGUGUGGUUUCCACUGGGCGGGGCAAUACCUCUCGCUCUGUUGAGAUAGUGGUGCUGGAGAACAGCGCCUCCUUCUGUCCAGAAGAUAAAGUUGUCAACAACCGUGGGGAGUUCAGGUGGCCGAGAACCCUAGCAGGCAUCACCUCCCAUCAGUACUGCCUGCAGCUGCGUUACCCCUCGCUCACUGUCGAAGGGGGUAUGGAGCAAAAAACCUCUCGAUACUGCGACCGCUCAGGAAAGUGGCAAGACGGUGACUACUCAAACUGCCACUACACUAAUGGCAUCACCCGUGUGCUGCAUACCUUCAUUCUGAGGCCCAUUAAUGCAUCCAAUGUUGUCACCGUGGCUCAUCAAGUGCGCACGUACACCCUGGAGGCUGCAGGCUUCACUGACUCAGUAGAUGUGAUGUAUGUGGCACAAAUUAUGGAAAAGUUCAUGGAAUAUGUCAGACAGCUGAGAGAGUUGUCAGAGGUGAUGGUAGAGAUGGGCAGUAACCUGAUGCAGGUGGAUGAUCAGAUCCUCGCUCUCGCCCAGAGAGAGAAGAGAGCCUGCAGCUCCAUUGUCUACUCUCUGGAGACACUGGCCUGGCCUCAACUACACAGUCAUGCUCAAGACUUCUCCAUGUUGUCUAAGAACAUUGUGAUGGAGGCCCACCUAAUUCGACCUGCGCACUUCACUGGUAUAACCUGCACUGCAUAUCAGCGUCGUGAGGUGCUGACAGGUAACCCGAACAUGGAAAAGCCAGACUCUACCCAUGAACAACAGCUUCAUUUCCGCUGCAGCACUGGCACCCAUAACACCUCCCUCAACAAUUUCCCCUUAAAGAACUCUGUAGCCUUGGCCUCAGUGACUCUUCCCGCUACUCUGUUUCCUCCUGAUGCAACUGCAGACUGUAAACUGCAGUUUGUGGUCUUCAGAACAGGCAGCUUUUUCCCUUUGUCAGGGAACACGAGCAACACUGUAGAGCACCCCCGCAGACGCAGUGUCAACACUCCAGUCAUAUUCGUAGGACUAGACGGCUGCAGUAUGUGGAACUACUCAGAGCCGGUCUGGGUGUCGCUGCGCCACUUGUCCCCUGGUACUGAUGCUGUGGCAGCCCAGUGGAGCCUGAAGGGCCUGGACAAGCAGGGAGGCUGGAGCCAAGAGGGCUGUAAGCUGGUUCAUAGCGAUAGCAGCACCUCCACCAUGCGCUGCUCACUGCUUAGCAACUAUGCUGUGCUGCAGGAGGUGCCUGACUUCCCCCACCCUCCACCCAUCUCUGUGAGGGUGCUCCACCCUGUGGUCUACGCCUGCACUGCGCUGCUCCUGCUUUGCCUCUUCACCAUCAUCAUCACUCAUAUACUGCACCACAGUUCGAUUCAUAUAUCAAGAAAAAGUUGGCACACAUUGCUAAACACCUGCUUCCACAUCGCCAUGACAACAGCGAUCUACGCAGGAGGUAUAAGUCUGACCAGCUAUCCAGUGGUUUGUCAAGCAGUGGGCAUCGCCCUGCAUUACUCCUCACUGUCCACUCUGCUGUGGAUCGGGGUCAGCGCCAGGGUCAUUUACAAAGAGGCUGUGUGGAGAAUGCCUCGGCAGCCGGAGGGAGAGCCUCCUGCUCCACCUACUCAGAGACCUAUGCUCAGGUUCUAUUUGAUAGCUGAUGGAGUUCCUCUUAUCAUUUGUGGGAUCACCGCGGCCGUCAAUGUCAACAACUACGGAGACAACAGCCCUUACUGCUGGCUGGUUUGGCGCUCCAGUCUGGGGUCUUUCUUUGUCCCUGCCGGCCUAGUGGUGUUGGUGACCUGGAUCUAUUUCCUGUGCACUGUGUUUCGCCUGAGGCACCGUGUGGCCAAAGAAUGCACAGGAACCACCCUGUCCUCUCCGGUGACCGAGACCCAUCCUGCGCUGGCAGGAAGCACCAGCCUGCUCUCCACAGACUCAGCAGUGGGACCAAUAAACCCUGUUGUGCUUCCAGAGGACCAGUACUCACUGAAGACACAGUUCUCUGUGCUGGUGGCCACCCACUUCUUGUUUGUGAUUCUAUGGUGUUGUGGAGCCAUGGCCAUGUGGCUAACAGGCCACACUAGCUUGUUGUUCAGUAGCCUGUAUGGGAUGGUUGCCAUAGUUUUGGGGGUGUUUCUGGUGGUGCACCACUGCUUCCGACGGCUGGAUGUGCAGGCCUCAUGGCUGGCCUGUUGUCCAGGAUAUCGCCGCUCACAUCCCAUGUCUACUUACACGCACACCUGCACUACCGGGAGUGGAGUGCAGACUUCAGAGCAGGGAUCCCAGCUGUUCAUCAACUGCCAUCCGCCCGGUGACUCUCACAACUCCUCAUCAGCCAGGUCGUCCUCCACACCAAGUGGGAUCAGCAGCGUGGGCCCUGGGCCUUGCAAGCUCACCAAUCUGCUGCAGGUGGGACAAGACAGUUCAAACAACACUUCACGUGUCCCUACAGGCAACAACACAAGCACCAGUACUGACAACAUCACCAAGCAAACAAACAAUAUUCUGCCCACUAUUAACUCUGCAGCCCCAGUUCAUCCCCAGAGGAGGAAAGUGAGCAGCAGAACUAAACAAGGGAGUAAUCAGUAUUAUCAUCGGAGCGAGGGGAGAGGUCACUAUCGCCUCAAAGCUCUAAGAACUGCAGCAGGUGGGGGCAGCCUUGGAGCUUUAGGCCCCACAGGUUUAGAGCACUUCAGUUCCUCACAUGCUGUUUACAAACAGGCUACAAGUGAGAAUGGCAGCAUCCACCACAGCCUCUCAGAGAACCAGGCCAGCACCCUCACAAAUGGGAAGCGGGUGGGAGAGUCGGUAGCCACCAGCCCCUCGGAGGGAAGCGAUGGGGGCAGCAGCGGGAGCCGGAAACCUUUCCCCCUGCUGCCCUCUAUGGCCAGCAGAGCAGCCAUGCACGGUGCUCAGAGACGAUGCGCCAGCAGAGACAAUUUGAAACUGGCAGCAUGUGCAGAGCGAGACACUAAGCGCUGCUCCUACCCUUUGAACAGUGUCACCACCACUGUGCCGGGGGCCGCUGCCCCAAACGGCACCCUGAAAAACUCCGUGCUGGAGCUGGAGCAGGACAUGAGCGGCACGGACCAAUCCCAUAGCUCUGUUGGAAUGAAGAGUGGUUUAUGGAAAAGCGAAACCACAGUGUAAACUAUACUUACAUGUGAACAUUUAUGCAUGACCUUAAUGAGCUCUUAAAUGACAGGGUUAUGUCUUCAAGGUCACUUAAUAAUUAUAUAAUUUAAGAUAUAAUAUCACAAAGGCACCCAGGACCCUAAACUGGUACUUUUGCCUCUGUAGCAUUGUAAGAGUUUGCUGUGAAUAUGGUGGAAAAUUAAUAAGGCAGGUUUUUUUUUGUAUUGUCAUUUUCCAACAUAAAAUACGCAUUUAUUUUAUUCACUUUGCAAAAAAAUGUACAAGAGAUCUCUGAAGUUGGCAUAUGAUGUUGAUUUUAGAUGUCUAAUGAAAGCUUUAAUGUGUUAGUUGUGAUUUUUCUAUGCAUAUCAACUAUAGCAUGAAAUGGAAACAAGACGAUCCAUUUCCAAAGUACAGCUAUAUGCAUUUAAUCUGUGGACAACAUUUCAUCCUUUUGUUUGCUUCAAGUAACUGUUUACGUGUGCUCGUAUAUGCACUUGUGUUCGCUGUGUGUGUGUGUGUGAGCGUGUGUGUGUGUGUGUGUGUGUGUGUGUGUGUGUGUGUGUGUGUGUGUGUGUGUGUGUGUGUGUGUGUGUGUGUGUAUGCAUACAUUGUAGGAGAGGAUUUGCAUGAGUGCAGCUGUACAGAAUCUCAGAGUGAAUUAAAAUGCUAUGCGAGA